ACACUUUAGGAAACACAGAGAGAGAGACAACAAAUAAGAUGAAAAACGUAGGAAAAUUAGAGUUUAGUGGAGAAUUAUAGAAAUUACGGUCCCUUCUUCUAAUUGUGUGCGAGUAGCUGUUCUUCUGCUUCUGCUUUACAAGGGUUUCUCGUCCUGCUUUGUAAUUUUAUCGUCAAUCGCCCGUAUUGUUUAUAAGUCAGUUUAGGUAUCACUCUCCCAUCAAUUUAUUCCGCGAAACAAACUUCAAUCUCGAAUUUUGAAAUCUGAAUCUGUUUUUGUUGCCAUGGAAGCAGAGUUGGAUACCGAGCAGCAGCAGCAAAUGACGGAAGGAAGCUAUUCCCAAACUAUGCAAAUUGAUCCAAAAAGGGCUCGAUUUCCAUGCUCCGUUGUGUGGUCACCACUUCCUGUAAUCUCGUGGUUCAUUCCUUGCAUUGGUCACAUUGGCAUCUGCAGAGAGGAUGGGGUGAUAUUGGAUUUUGCAGGGCCUAAUUUUGUGUGUGUGGACAGUUUUGCAUUUGGAGCUGCCACUCGCUAUCUUCAAAUCCCCAAAGAAAAGUGUUGUGUCCCCUUAGUCCAGUCUGUGUACAAUGGUGAGGAACACUACAUGCAGGGUGAAACUAGAGGAGAUUUGAGGACUUGGGAUGAUGCACUAAGGAAAAGCACUCAAGAAUUCCAACAUCUAUCUUACAAUCUCUUUACCUGCAACUGCCACUCGUUUGUUGCCAAUAAUUUGAACAAGUUGGGUUUUCUGACUGGUGGAUGGAAUGUGGUGAAUCUGGCAAUUUUCAUUUUAUUCAAUGGACGUUGGGUCAGCAAAGCAUCUAUGCUUCGAUCUAUCUUACCAUUUGUGGUUGUAUUUUUUCUUGGAGUCACAUUCUGGGGCUUCACCUUCCUAAAGUUUUGGUUCUUCUUCACUUCCAUUCUUAUUGGGUGGUUCCUUCUUGGUACUUAUUGUUUCAAGAACCUGAUUCAGUUGUAGUAUCUGUUUCUCUUGUUCUACUUUGUAUAAAACUGUAAUACGUUCGAAGUGAUGGAAGUGACCCAAUUAACCAUAUACUUUGUAUUCAGAUAAAUUUUGUUGCUAAAUGUUAAAGGCUUGUUCUUGUGGUAUCAAUUUGUUA